AAACAAAAACGUUACCAAAACCAAUCAAUUUUGAAGAGAUAGGAUAGAAUAGAAGAAGAUAGAACACAGAAAGCAAACUCAGUUUUUUCCCACCGAACUCAAAAUGGCUUCACUCUCCACACUAACCCCAACUCCAACUUCUCUCUCUUUCUUCUCUUCUCCACUCUUCAUCUCUAAUCCUUCAACUCAUUCCAAACUCAAAUUCAAAUUCUUCCCUAAUUCAAAUUCAAAUUCAAAUUCACAUUCAACUUCUCUUUCAAUCUCUUGCAAACUCGCCACGCUUCCUCUCCUCUCCUUCUCCGGCGAAAAAGUCGGCGAAACCACCCUCGACAUCAAAACCGCCGCACCAGACACCUCCCGCGCCGUCGUCCACCGCGCCAUUAUCCACGACCUCCAAAACAAGCGUCGCGGCACCGCUUCCACACUAACCCGCGGCGAAGUCAGAGGCGGUGGCCGAAAGCCCUACGGUCAAAAGAAAACCGGCCGAGCACGUCAGGGUUCCAUUCGUACUCCGCUCAGACCGGGCGGAGGUGUGAUUUUCGGUCCGAAGCCGCGUGACUGGAGUAUUAAGAUUAACAAGAAGGAGAAGAGGCUUGCGAUAUCGACAGCGGUGGCGAGUGCGGCUGUGAAUACUAUUGUGGUGGAGGAAUUUGGAGCGGAGUUUGAGGGGAGUCCGAAGACGAAGGAUUUCAUUGCGGCUAUGAAGAGAUGGGGACUGGAUCCGGUGAAGAAAGCGACGUUUCUGAUGACGGAGGUUUCGGAGAAUGUGUUGCUUGCUAGUAGGAAUAUUGGGAGUUUGAAGAUAUUGACGCCGAGGACGCUGAAUUUGUUUGAUAUUUUGAAUGCGGAGAAGAUUGUGCUUACACCGGCUGCUGUGGAUUAUUUGAAUAACAGGUAUGGGUUUAGUGAUCAAGAUGAUGGUGGCUAUGAUGAAGAAGAGGGUGACAUUGUAGAAGAAGUAGUAGAGGAUGGUCAAGAAGGACCGGACGCAGAAGAAAGUACCGGUGUUGUGAAUUGAUGACUUAAAGUCGUAACAUUUUAUAGAGGAUACCACUGAUAUGGGUUAUGGAAGGUUCGAAGUCUUGUCUGUACCAAUAUUUGCAUGUUUUCCUUUCUAUCACUUAGGACCCUAAUCCAGAUAGCAUGUAAGGAUAUUUAUGUUUGGCUUCCUUCCAAUCAUAUUAUGUUUGUAGUACCUACCUAGUAAUAAUUUCUUUAAUCAAUUUUUGCUUGUAAUCUCCCUUGUGCAAAUGUAUGUAUAUGGAAUUGUUUUGAAUCAAUAUUGUUGCAUGUAAUUCCUUUUUAAUUAAGAAGUUAUUGAAGGCUGCUGCUAGUUUAAGUCA